AUGAGUGGGCUUAUGGGAAAGCUGCGGCGGGUGCAGUGGGGCGCCACCUGGUUUGCCUUCCAGGCGCGCGUGCUCCGCACCAAACCCGUGGAGUCAAUGCUGGAGAGCACGGGCGGCACGAGCGCCCACGGCACCAAGUUGGCACGCGUCCUCACCACCGUGGACCUGGUGUCCCUCGGCGUGGGCAGCUGUGUCGGCACGGGCAUGUACGUUGUCUCUGGACUGGUCGCCAAGGAGAUGGCAGGGCCGGGAGUCAUCAUGUCCUUCAUCAUCGCGGCGGUGGCCUCGUUCCUCUCAGGUGUUUGCUACGCCGAGUUCGGUGUCCGCGUGCCAAAGACCACAGGCUCGGCCUAUACCUACAGCUACGUGACAGUGGGCGAAUUCGUGGCCUUCUUCAUCGGCUGGAAUCUGAUUCUGGAGUAUCUGAUUGGCACAGCGGCCGGGGCCAGUGCGCUGAGCAGCAUGUUCGAUUCGCUGGCCAACCACACAAUCAGCGGCUUCAUGAUCAACCACAUCGGCACUCUGAACGGGCUUGGUAAAGGUGAACAGUCCUACCCAGAUCUUUUGGCGUUGGUGAUCGCCGUGCUUGUGACGGUGGUCGUUGCGCUUGGAGUGAAGAACUCGGUGGGCUUCAAUAACGUGCUGAAUAUCGUCAACCUGGUGGUGUGGGUCUUCAUGAUGAUCGCCGGCCUCUUCUUCGUCAACGGGGCGAACUGGGACGAGGGCCGCUUCCUGCCCUUCGGCUGGUCAGGGGUCAUGCAAGGUGCGGCCACUUGCUUCUAUGCCUUCAUUGGGUUUGACAUCAUCGCCACCACAGGCGAGGAGGCCAAGAGCCCUAACACCUCCAUUCCCUACGCCAUCACUGCUUCCCUCGUCACCUGCCUGACUGCCUACGUGUCGGUGAGUGUGAUCUUAACCCUGAUGGUUCCCUCCCCCGAGAUCGAUGCCGAAGCGCCCCUCAUGGAGAUGUUUGCCCUCCACGGCUUCCAGGCCGCCAAGUACAUAGUGGCCAUCGGUUCCAUCGCGGGCCUCACAGUCAGUUUAUUCGGCUCGCUCUUCCCCAUGCCCCGCAUCAUCUACGCCAUGGCUGGUGAUGGUCUGCUCUUCAAGUUCCUGGCGGUGAUUAACUCCUACACUGAGACGCCUGUGGUGGCGUGUGUGGUAUCGGGCGUGCUGGCAGCGCUGCUCUCCUUGCUGGUCAGCCUGCGGGACCUGAUCGAGAUGAUGUCCAUCGGCACGCUGCUGGCCUACACGCUGGUCUCCGUGUGCGUGCUGCUCCUCCGCUACCAGCCCGAGAGCGACAUCCACGGCUUUGUCAACUUCCUGUCCGAGGAGAGCGCCAAGCGCAAAGCGGAGGGCGUGCUGGCCGAGUGCGAGAAGGACGCCGCCUGCUCGCCCGUCAGCGAGGGCACCGACGAGUUCGGCGGCCCGGCCACCAACACCUGCGGCGCCAAGAACCUGCCCUCGCUCGGCGACAACGAGAUGCUGAUCGGCAAGCCCGACAAGUCCACCUACACGGCCGCGCACCCCAACUACGGCACGGUGGACAUGUCGUCGGUCAUCGAGGCCGACGAGUCCGACGGCACCAACGUGCUGAAGCUGAAGAAGCUGCUAGGGCCCCGCUACUACACCCUCCGCAUCCGGCUGGGGCUGCCGGGCAAGAUGGACCGUCCCACGGUGGUCACGGGGCGCACGGUGACCCGCUGCGUCCUGUCCCUCUUCACCAUGAUGCUAAUCUUCUGCUCGGUGCUGACGUUCGGCGAGUACUGCCUGGACAACGUCUCCUGGUGGAUCAUGAUGGCGGUGCUGCCGGUGCUAAUGUUGGCGCUGGUGUUUGUCAUACUGCAGCAGCCGGAGAACCCCAAGCGGCUGCCCUACAUGGCCCCCUGCGUGCCCUUCGUGCCCGCCUCCGCCAUGCUGGUCAACAUUUACCUCAUGAUGAAGCUGUCCAGAAUCACCUGGAUACGUUUCAUCGUCUGGUGUUUUGUGGGUGUGCUGAUCUACUUCGGCUACGGCAUGUGGAACAGCAACCUGGAGAUCACGGCACGUGAGGAGGAGGCCCACGCCAGCACCUACCAGCGCUACGACGCGGGCGUAGACGAGGGCUUCGCCGAUAACUUUUACCCACAGGCCGACGACACCUGGGAGAAGCAGCAGGACGGAGACGCCGCCACUAACACCACCGCUACCAAGAAGCGCCAGGACCAGAGCCAGGCAGAGCCCCUCGGCGCCCUCUCGGCAGGCUCCCUGGGCAGCCACAGGACCUCUCCCUCUCCCCACAGCAGCAAAGCCAAAAGCCCUCCAGACCAGCCUGACUUCGGAUUCGCGGGACUGGCGGUGGACGAUGACCUGGACGACCCUCUGGAGUGAGAGGGGAGCCCCUCCCCCUC